UGAGUCCAUUACACAGCACACAAGCAAGAGGAGAAAACUGCAGCUGUUGCUUAAAACACUGCCUUUUGAUGACCAGCUUUGCGAUUGGACACUUGUAGACCAGAUUUUUUGGGUGUUUCGGCAGAGGGUGGGCGAGCCUCUGGAACCGAACUCGAAGACAGAGCAAGACUCACCUGAGCACACUGGUGGAUAUCCUUCCUGCAACUGUUCCUUCCAACGUAACAAAAACUAGUUCUUAUCACCACCACAUUCGCCAGUCGAGCAGAUCAAGAGCAGGCUACAAUUUCUGCACUGUGAAACUGAGUCAGAGGAACGGAGAGGCAAUACAGCAGAGGUAUUGUGUCCCCGCAACUGAAACACUAACCAGCUGAAAAUAUCAAAGACCAUCCUGGACAAAGCAUUCUUCUCCAGCCUCCCUUGUUUGUCUAAAAUCUGCUGUUGAAGUAUAAAGUGAUCGAAAGCUGCAUAACACUCAGAGAGGACAGGGAGGCUAAGGGGACCAGACACGAGGGAAAAGGAAUUUGUGCAGGUGCCGGGGCUGCCAUGGUGCGUGGAGGUGGUGUGGCAGUAGCUCCGUCCUGCAGGAGCCUGUGGAUGUUUGGCGCCCUGUCGCUGGUGGCGCUGUGCUUGUCAGACCAGGCCAUUCGCUGCCCGGUGUGCUCCGAGGAGAGGCUGGCCAGCUGCCGUCUGCCGGAAGGCUGCGAGGAGACAGUGCGGGAGCCCGGCUGUGGCUGCUGCCCCACCUGCGCCCUGCCCAAAGGAGCACACUGUGGCGUCUACUCACCCCGAUGUGGCACAGGCCUACGCUGCUACCCGCCGCGUGGUGUGGAGAGGCCACUGCACUCGCUGAUGCAUGGCCAGGGGGUGUGCACCGAUGAGCGGGAGGUGGAGGAGAACUCAGCAAUGGACAGGCAGGAAGAGAUCAUCCCUGAGCACCCAAACAACAGCAAUAUCCGGUGCAGUCCACAAGACAAGCGCUGCAUACAGAAGACCCUAGCCCGACACCCUCUGAAAUCCACAAAUCAGAGGAGCAACACUGCCAGGGAGGAGACCAAGGCGGCGCUGGCUCCAUGUCGUGCUGAGCUACAAAGAGCACUGGACAGAUUGGCAUCAAAUACCCGCACACACGAUGAUCUCUUCACAAUCCCUAUUCCCAACUGUGACAAGAACGGAGAUUUCCAUGCCAAACAGUGUCAUCCUGCACGUGACGGCCAGCGGGGAAAGUGCUGGUGUGUGGAUCAGAAGACGGGCAUGAGGCUGCCGGGGCCGUUGGAGCAGCGAGGGGAUCUGGACUGCCACCAGUUAAUGACUGCCACCCUGAGGGAUUGAGGAGUGAGAAGUGGCAGUAGGGGUCCAGGACCAGCUGAAUUCUACUGGUGCUUAUUAGUAGAACUACAUGAGGAAAGGACUUCACCCCAAAGCCUCACUUCACCUGAGGCCAAUGGUACUUGACCUUGCGCAACAAAAAGGAAAACAUUGAAUUGAGUUCUUUUGCUAUUUUGUUUCUGUGUGUGACAGUAUGUGAUCUCUGAGUCUUUUGAGCACUUGGUGUGUAUUGUUUCUACUAUGUGAACCUAAGACUGAUAGCCUUUAGACACAUGCGCUUUAAAGUAACAGGUGGCAGAAAAAAAAAAAAAACCUUCCACAGAUAAGAGUUGUAGUUGUGAUCUUUGUUAGAGAGCAAAAUGUGUUGUUUCCUCUAGUCUAACUUCAGUGUAGUAUUCUUAAAAAGUGAUGAGAAUAUGCAUCACCCCACCAACCCCAGUUCGACUUAAGACAAAACAGGAGCUGUUAGUAUUUGUUUUAUUUUUUCUGGAGCACUAGAUCAGUUGGAAUUACUGACAAUCCAGAGAGAUUCUCAAUUAAAGGAUUGUGUACUAGUUUUUCACACAAUAUGUGUAAGUGGUUGUACGUGUUGUUCUUAUUUUACUAUAUGUCGUAAACCCCACCCAUCUGGUAAGUAGGUAAGAACAAAUCAUAAAAUGUCAUUGCAAACAAAAAGUCUAUUACAGUGAUGACACAAGAGUAGCAAUAAAGGAUAGGAUGAGAACAACAGAAACGUUGAAAAAAGAAACAAAGGAAUGCAACAACCCCCUGCCUUGAGUUAUCAAAUGAUAAGCCAUAGCUUUUCACAACAUGGAGACCAAAGUGAAAAGUGAUACUCGUUUGAAAAACGGUAUCUCGGAAAGAGACUAGAUUUGCUUCAUCACCUCGUGGUUAACUCUGCAUCCCCCGCUCUUUGCCGAUGAGCUCUCUCUAGCAUUGUGGUCCAGAAGGACUGGCAGUGUAGCUGGGCUAGAACCUCUGUACACUGCUGAUAGGAUAAUCUUAUUUUUCCAGCUGGUGCUAAGAUGCCAGUGUGACUCUCAUGUUUUUAUGAAUAUGUUUCAACAUACAGGAUUUCUCUCCAAACAGACUGCUUGGCAGAUCUUUGGUGGUGCUAUACACGGAUUGUGCCAAAAUACAAAGAAAAAUGGCUUCUGCACUUUUUGGGUAGUGUUUAGGAUUAGAACGGGAGACUGAGAUUUUUAGGAAGUCUGAUGAUCACUUCAAUGUGUGACCAUCUGCACUAGCUAUUGACAAAUUCUUUCCAUGUGUGUUUUUCAUGUUACUGUCAAAAUAUGAAAGUAACAUCCCACAUUAGCUUUGCACUAUCACUACAGCUAACUGGCUGAAUAUUUCACUGGCCAGUGUUGUAAAUUGCAGGUGUGAUGUGUUUUAAAUAUACAAGCAGAGUGUAAUAACUUUGAAUGAUUAUGGGAGCAAUGCAACUACUAGCUAACAUGAAGCUUUGAAUGGAGGACUCUGGUGUAGCAGCAGAGCUAGAAUCAUGAUUAUGUGGUAACCAGAAUUUCCUCUGUUAAUCUGACAGUGUUCUCAUAUCAUCUGUAGGGCAUCGCACUAAUAAUUAAAGGAGUGUAUUACCAGCGCAAGUGACAUUGCUUCUCCUUAACUAUUUUAUAUACCAUAGACGAGGCUGGUAAUAUUCUUAUAGCAAUUUGAUUGUACUGGUGGAGUGCAUUACUUUUUCAGGGCAGAGUAGCAGGUUUAAGCAGGUUUAAGCUAAUGCUGGUGUUUGUCAUCACCAGAUAUGGAUAGCCUGCUCUAUCUGUUCCAUGUGACACUUUGGUUAUUAUUGACUCAAGAAAAAAUUCAUCUUGUGUGGAUGGAUUGUCAUUGUUGGUAUUGGUGUCACUCGUGCAGCUUGUGCCUGGGCUUGAGCUCACUAGAGAAGAGGGACAAAGAGCGUAGCAAGUCAGGUCAUUCCCGCACAGAACAGCAUUAACGUCAACCUAACAAAUCAUUAGUGUGCACAUUACAGUGUGGUAAUAUCAGAUAUGGUAAAAGAAAAAAGACAUUCACAGCACUGUCACACAGUGGAUUUUUUACUCUUUUUGUUUUCUAUGUCUCUACAAUCUGAUUUUACCUCAGUAUCAGUUAAGCUUUAAAUAUGACUAUUUGAGCAGAGCACACUGAAGGGGGGUUCAUUUUAGCUCCACACAGAAAUAAGAAAAGUGCCAUGAAAACUAUUAUUAUAAGUAUUAUUAUCAUUAUGCAUUUUGUUUCACAUUUUUUCCAUAUUGAAUUUGGUCUAAUCUUUCUAAAAUGGAGCAGUAUGUACAUAUACGUAUAAGUAGAGUCAGUGAAAAGAAAAAUCAUCUAAUUCUCUUAUUCGUUUAUUGGGCAAGAUAGGAAAACAUAAAGUCAGAUAUGAGAAUUAGUUGCUGUUGCCCAGUAGGCUCAACCCAGCUAACAGCUGAUAUGGGCCAGCUCAUCCACAAAAUAAAUCUGACAAAUGUUGUCCAUUACCAUCAGACCAAGGGUUUCUCUGAUGUUUCUCAGUGCAUCCUGAAGGUACUUGAGGUCGUGAGGGUGAAAUUCUAAAGAAUUAAAACAAUCCCUCUACUAUUUGUACACAUAAAACAAUUGAAAGGUGUAUUUUUAGUGCACUUUGUCUUGAUUUUGCUACAAAACUCGAAGAGAAAUAAAAAUAAUUUUCAAUAGAGUCACAGCCUGUAAGUUUUAAUCAUAAUAUACAAUUCAAACAAAAAUCAUCAAAGGUCACUUAUUUCCUUUUCUCUGUGUUGGCCUAGUUAUUCUGUCAUAUAUUAUAUCAGUCCAAAUUCCGCACAUUGGGUCCUAAUAAGACUACUAAUACGACUAACAAAUAUGACUACAUACUACUUGAAAUUUAAUGAUUAAUUUAUAACCUUUACUAGAAACAGAAUUGUCACCAGAUGACCAGUUUUACUUGUCACUAAAGAAGAAAUGUACCCAAAGGCAGUGCACCAAAACACAUACAUAUAGUGUAGAAAGAAGAUGGUCUGAGUGGAGAAUCAUUGCUACAGCUUAAAAAUAUUAAAAACCAAAUAUCCUAAAAAUCAUUCCAAAGACUACAUAGAAUCUGGAGACAUCAAUACUCAUUCAGUGAACUGCAUGCACACAAAAAAAGUUCCAGCACAAUCCUUUCUUAUCAUUCAUCAACUAAUGAAGUGUUACUAAACACAUUCAAACAUUUCUCUGUUAAAUAGUCUUAAUCUUUGAGAGAGAUGGCAAACGGUUUUGGCUAUGAUUCUGCAAAGGCCUUCUAACCACAUAAACUGUGUAUUUAAACUAUACUACAUUGCUUGAUCUCUAACUUUGCUUUACUGAACUGUAAUUGCAUUUCUUGAGAAUAGACUGUUCCUGUUUGCCUUUGAUAUUAUCUGUUAAUGUGUAGAAGAUUUGAAGUAGUGUUUGCAUGCAUCCAAAUGGACUGGGGUUGGGAACAGCUAAGGUCUUGUGUAUCUUGUCCAGAACAGGACUGCUAUAUUCAAACACUGACGUGAUCAAAGAACUGAAAUAUAUAGAGUUUCAACCCAUGAAAUAAUCAGUUACAUUGUAAGUGUUUACCAGAUGAAAAUGUACACAAUUAAUCAAUUAAAACACUUUAGAAACUACAAUGUUGGUGCUGUUGCUGUUAUUAUUAGUAGCAGUAGUAAUAUCAGUAGUAAUAGUAUUAGACGAUUUUAGCUUAGUACAGAUGUGUCAGUACCAGCAUAUAUAUGUUGGCCAAUACGUGACAAGAAGCUGCUGUAUGGAAAUGCCAAAGAUAUGUUUAUGAUAUCUUUUUUUAUGAUAUGAAAAAAUGGUUUUGACUGAAGUUCAGUGUUUUGACAUAAAUAAUGGUUAGAAAAAGUUUCCUUAUGGCUUGUAUUGCAUAAACACACCAAUAAAUGAAAAAUUAAUACACAAAGAAAAAUUUGUCGCUGGUGACAGAGUAUUUUAAAUUAAUUUUAAAAAUCCAAUUACUAUCCAUAAUACACAUCAAAUGCUACUUUCAUUAAUGUCUACUCAGAAACUAUGACAAACUAUACUGAACUAUAGUUCAGUAUAGUUUGUCAUAGUUUCUGAGUUUUAAAGGCUAAGUUCUUAUUUAUCUAUUCUCAACUUUAAUAUUUUUUUGAUGCGUCUGAAUUAAUGUUUUUAGUUGUUGAUGCUAAUUUAACUGCUCUCAAACCUUUGUGUUUAAACUUACUGUAAUAUUUGUUGUUUGGGUGAAGUGUUUGUAUUUUUCAACUGUAAAAUUUUACAUGAAAUAUCUUGGCCACAAAAUAUCUUGAAUACCUAAAUUAAAGAUUCUGAUCCAAAAAGUU